CGUGUGAUAUAGGACAGAGGAUGAGAGGCGAUCCUGGGCCAGUUCAGAUCGUGACAGUCAACAAGGAGGAUCACUCCUUUGACCUGGACACAGAAGCGCUCAGUCGAAUUCUGUUGACGCCUGAGGUUCGAGAUAAGGAUGUGGUGGUGGUGUCUGUCGCCGGUGCCUUCCGAAAGGGGAAAAGUUUCCUUUUGGAUUUCAUGCUCCGAUACAUGUAUAGGAAGCCUGGUCAGGACUGGCUUGGGCAGGAGAAUGAGCCUCUGACAGGUUUCUCCUGGAGAGGAGGAUCAGAACCAGAGACCACUGGCAUCCAGCUAUGGAGUGAAGUUUUCAUUGUGCGGAAGAAGGAUGGAAGUGAGGUUGCUGUGCUCUUAAUGGACACACAAGGAGCAUUUGAUUCCCAGUCCACAGUGAAAGAUUGCGCUACUAUCUUUGCCCUCAGCACCAUGACCAGCUCUGUCCAGAUUUAUAACCUGUCACAGAAUAUUCAGGAAGAUGAUCUACAGCAACUUCAGAGGGCAUGUGUAUUAAAGAAAACUCUUAUGCGUUCAUAUUUCCUUCAUGCCGACUCAAAUCUUUCUUGCCCGCAGUCACUUAUGUUCCUGGUCAGAGACUGGAGUUUCCCGUACGAGUACAAAUACGGGUUUAAGGGAGGAAGUGAUUUCUUGGACAAACGUUUGCAAGUGAAGCCGACUCAACAUGAGGAGCUUCAGACAGUGAGGGAGCACAUUUACUCCUGUUUCACCUCCAUUUCCUGUUUUCUCUUACCACACCCUGGCCUGAAGGUGGCAACAAGUCCUGCUUUCACGGGACAGCUGUGUGACGUGGCUCCAGAGUUCAAGGAGCAGUUGCAUGAACUCAUUCCCAACCUGCUGAAGACUGACGAGCUGGCUGUGAAAGAGAUCAAUGGGAAUAAGGUGACCUGCAGGGGCCUGCUGGAGUACUUCAAGGCAUAUAUCAAGAUAUAUCAGGGAGAAGACCUUCCACACCCUAAAUCCAUGCUAGAGGCUACAGCAGAGGCCAAUAACCUUGCAGCUGUGGCGUCAGCAAAAGACCAGUACUACAAGAAUAUGGAGACGGUGUGUGGUGGAGAUCUGCCUUAUGUGGCUCCUGACUCACUGGAGGAGAAGCACCAUUUCUUCCUGCAGGAGGCCCUUCAUCUCUUCUCCAGCACUAAGAAGAUGGGUGGGCGGGAUUUCUGUUACCGUUACCAGGAACAGUUGGAAGGAGAGCUGAAAGAGCUGUGGGAGUCCUUUAGCAAGCACAACGAGUCCAAGAAUGUUUUUAGUGCUUUCCGGACACCUGCAGUGCUGUUUGUCCUGGUCUGCCUACUGUAUGUUCUGUCAGGAAUUUUGUUCUUCAUUGGCCUGGAAACUAUUUCCUUUGCAUGUGACUGUGUAGUUGGCCUGGCCAUGAUUGCUAUGCUGACCUGGGCCUUUAUCCGGUACUCUGGCCAGUACAGAGAAGUAGGCUCAGCCAUAGACCAGGCUGCUGGAGUAAUACUAGAGCAGGCCACAGAUGUGUUAAACAAGACAAGAAGCCAGGGUCAGGUGGCUGCACAACAGAAAAAGACAAGAUAGCUUCUCAUUCAUACCGAAAAUGCCAGAACGAGAUGUAAACUGCACAGACGUGACCAAUAAUGUUACCAAAUGAUGCAUAUCUCCAAAUAUAGCACUUAAAUUUCUACUUCUAAUGCAGGCUGACUCAUUUUGUCAGAAUAUCUUAAAGAAGAUUUUUAAAUAUCAACACAAAUAUGAACACAAGACCAAAUAUCACAAACCAGCAGCUGGUUUUUCAGGGACAGGUAUAGAUUUAGCGCAAGGGCUAAACUCUCCACAGAACUGCAUUGAUAUGUUUACAGUUGUUCAUUCCAGUUCAGCCAAAGACAUCCUCCAUAGCAGGUCAGGGUUGUAUAAUGUUUAGAUUGCACUUGUAUUGCAGACUGUAGACAUGUUAUCUGUUUGUUCUCUUUAGCCAGGAAUACCUUUUGCACAUGAACUGCCAUUACUUCAUUAAGGCUUGAGCUUGAUAAGAUGUUUAGUAUUGCAAGUGUAACUAUAUUAUGUGAACUUUGCAAGAGCUUUGUUCGGUGUUCUUUGUACCAAAUUGUGGCCUUCUAUGCAUUCCAUCUUUCCAUCUUGUACACAUCCAUGUAUGAUUUAUAUGGGAGUUUCUGUCAAUAAGCUGUUUCACUUGUAUUGGGUUUCAUAAUCAGGGUAACAAACAUCUUAUUCCAUUCCAAUGUUCUUGAGUGCUGGAUUGGUUCUGUUCACUUCCUCUUAACUGCUGGCAUGUUGUUGGGUGUUCAAAACCGUCCUGAUACUGUCAUCAUGUUGGACUUAAAGUAUUGAUAGAAAAGCUAAUAUUAACUAUUCAACUGUCUUGGGGAAAGUUCGGUCAUUAUGCACUAUUCUGUAAUCAGGUUCAUAUUUGCCUAUCAUUAGUAAACGCCUGAUUUGAUUCUGUUAUUGGAGUGAUUUGAGCACUGUUGCUCUUAUGACUUUCCAUUUUAAUUUUUGUUACGUAACAUUCCUUGUAUGAUGUGGUGGUGAAAUAGUAUACCUGGAGAAUCCAGAGUACCUGAAAGCAUUUUUCCAGGUUUUUAAAGACAGAAAAUAUGCAUUUGUCCCUCAAGGAAUGUCUGUAAAGUGUAUUUGUGGCGUUCUUCUUUGUUGCAUUCCACUAGAGCCUCAGUUGGAGGCUUUGAAUGUGUUACCUUCACUUUUUCAACUGCGUGGACCUGCCUAAACUUACCUACCAGGGAUCAUUCUCUGUCCCUGUAUAUCACUUUCAUUGUUACAUACACUUUAUAUAUCCCAGAAAUAAAACUAUACGCAUGCCAUACACUGAUGGGUCUUGUUUGUAUACAGUUGAAGGCAGAAAUGUGAAGAAGAGUCAACGUUUGUACACUAGGUGUCAGCAUUGAUUUAAACGGAGAGAACGGUUCAGUGAGCAUCGUGGCCACGUUUGAACAUCCGUUCAUUUGCAUCAAUCUACAAAUGGAACCUUUGAUUCAUACAUCAUUUGUUCACUGCAAACUGUAGAUAAUAAAGCAUGUUCU